AGGCCAAUGAAGAUAUCCGGAUCUCCUAUAUGCAUUUGAUUCCAAAUGACAACGAACUAUACUGUCCCGUUCAAAAAGUCGGAACAACGUUCUGGCGCAGGUUUUUUUUCCAGACUUUGAAUACGAACAAGUUUCGGCAUCCAUACCAGGUCCCAAUUUGGUUGGCGUUAACUGAAAAAUAUCCGUACCCAAGAAAGGGCGCGACCAGGCAAAACACCAGCGAGUAUUUUAAGUUCAUGUUCGUCAGGGACCCUUACCAAAGAAUCGUUUCCGCUUAUGUGGACAAAGUGUUCGUGCCUAACCCUAUGUUCUGGGAACGGUUUGGCAAGCCGUCGAUCCAUCUCUUUCGUGAAAACGACACUCGUCGUUGUUUUCAUGAUGCGUCGUUUUUGGAAUUUGUCAGAUUUGUCACGUGGGCGGAGGAAAACAAACAAAUGCUAGACGAGCAUUUUAUGACGAAGCAGGAUAUUCUUAAAUGUAUGACAUGGCACGAUGCCUUGCAGAAGAUACGGCGGAAACUUCAAAUACGUGGACUCAUCGACGUAAAUUAUCCGUUACCGCUAGAUGCGACGGCGUCUGAAAAAGUUGAUGUGAAAAGGUUUACACAAUUGGCAACUGAGGCACAUAGAAAGUCUGAUAAAAAGGUUUUCAAUUCCCAGAAAAGGGCAUUGUAUAUAGAGCUAUACAGAACGGUCCCUAAAGAAGAUUUAAAGAAAUUAAGUGCUGGCUUUGAAAGGGAUUUUUACAUAUUUGAUUACAAUUCAAUGCCUCAUGAACUAUUUAAUCGUUCCUAG